UCACGAAGAUAGAACAAUGCUCCUCCUCAUCCUCAUCAUCAGUUCAGCAUCAGCACAGACCUUCCAGCAGUUCUGUCUACCCUUCCAGAACAACUACUACCAGCCCACCAUCAUCAAGGAGGGCGUCAAAGACGUCCAAAAACUUGUACUCAACCGAAACGAUAACACCCUAUACUUUAUAUUUAACAAAGUAGGAGAUCUAGGAUAUAGUUUAGGUUAUGUAAAUUUAAAUACUAACCUCGCAGGAGUGGUAGAUGGUAUUAGAAAUGCCUCAUCAGUGACCGUAGAUCAAGUAAAUAAUGUAGUAUAUGCUGGCGGUAAAGAAGGCCUAUACAUUGUUAAGUCUAUUGACGAUAGGAAAGAGCUUGAAAAAAUGCCAGUUUUCCACGAUAUUUAUGACAUUUUCUUUAAAGGCGUCCUCUAUUUUAGCACAAAAAGGAGAGAAGCGUUUAGGGUUCGAAAUAAUGUAGUAUACAGACUACCAGCUUUAGCGGGUGUGUCUGUAGAAAAAAUGGUGCUGGAUGAUGAUAAUAAUAUACUUUUUACUGCAAAUAGAAAGUUGUUUCGACUGAAAUUAGGUACUAGGGAUAUCGCGGUGCAUGAAGAUUUACUCGUAGACGGUAUUACAGUGGAUGUGGACUUUAUUCCUUUUGUGACAACCACCCAAGGAAUAUAUGUGUAUAAUAAGUAUAAGUAUGCUUUAGAUCCAGCAUCUAAUGAUAGACUUAGAAGUCUAAAUGCAAUAACGUUUAGUAAAGAAGAUGAAUUGAUAUAUGAAGCGGCAGGGAAUAUAUACAAACUAACUAGGUGUCAGUGAUAUUUAUUAAAACAAGAUUUACUUUAAAA